AUGUUUUCUCGUUUACCUAUUGGAAGAAAAUUUUUAAAAUUAUCUAAUAAUACAUCAUGGAAACGUGGAAUUCAUAAAGGAGUAGAUUCUACACCACCCAUGCGUUUCAUUCCAAUUACACAAAAAGUUGCUUUUUAUGGAUUUAUUAUUAUAGCAUUUCUUUCAUAUCCAUCAUAUGUACUUUCAAAAAUGGAUUCACUUCGUCCACGUCCCGAUAACUCUCUGGCUCCAGAAGUUGUUGAAGAGAUGGAACAACGUAAAGCAUCUAGAAAAAAAUAA